UGGUGCUGAGCACCAGAGUCUCCUAGCAGGAGACUUUAAAAGUCUUUCUCUUUAAAAGUGUUUCUCCAAGUGAAUACGAAACUUGGGAAUGCUUGCUGUCAUCUCUCCUCUGAGAAGUGUAGUAACUUAACAACCAGGAGAAGUUGGUGUUUAGGAGUCUGACUCCUGCCUGCACGCAAUGCUGCACGCUCCAGAGGAGAGAACCUGGCUGCUGCUAAUAAGGACAUGGUCCAAGUGCCACCCCUGGGCAUUUCCAGCCACAGAGGGGAUGUGUUUGCCUGGGACAGGUGCAUUCCCAGUCUCACAGAGCAGGCAAUUCUGAACGUGCCACGCCAACACCUAAAAUGUGAAACCUGUGGAGAAUUCCUAUUACUGUGCAGUAAACAGCAGGAAGCCAACCAUGGACACUCAGUUUUUCUCCCCGUUACUGGGAGCAGUCCCCAGUCCCCCCACGCCUCCGGAGCCCUCCCGGCUGUGCAACGACUGGCCGGGAUGUGCCGAGGAUUUUGCAUCCCAAACUGCCUUCCAGGAGUGCCCAAAGAAAAGGGCACCAAUAAAUCUUAAUUACUCUGGCAAUGGGCCUGAUAUGUUUGGGUUGGUGUCAAGCAUUUUAGAGGAGCCAAACAAACCAGAACCAGCUACAGAUUGGAAUUCUCUAUCCAGAUUGUUUCCCCCUCUGUGGGCACCUGAUUUGGGCAGCAAUGGGGAGUUCCCAGGGCUCCCAGCUCAGCACUGUGUCCAAAACAAGGAUUUCCCCAGCUUGCUGGGCACCAGCUGCCAUCAGGAACCCCUGCAGGAGCCUCCUGAUGUGGAGAUGCUGCACAGAGGUCUGGGAGACCUUCAGCUCCUCGAGUCUUGGCUCUCUCCCCGUGCUCAUCCCAGCACUGCCCCCAUGAACGCUUACCCUGAGAAUCCCUCUUGGCAGAACAACACCACAGCUCCCCAGGAAGGGUUUUCCUUCCCAAGUGGGAGCUGGAACCAGCAUCUGUGCACUUACGACCACGGGAGGUUAAAUGGAGGUUAUGAAAAAUGUGGCUCCAGUUUUAGCCCUUUUUCUCCUCAGAACAGGAUGAAGGAAAGCCCCAGCGUGCAGAAGGAGCUUUGGAAAAGCGAAAGAGCAAGAGGAAAAGCUCUGAAAAAUUAUGCUCAAGGACAAAUUAAGUAUUCCCCUGAUCUUUCCAAUCAGCCUGGUGAUAACUCUUGGGAUAAAGUAUCCCAGGACAGCCAGCUGUUCUCUAAAAGAUGUGAAAACUUCACAGCUGCUCACAAACUGCAGUCACCUGUCCAUCCAUCACUUCAUUUCUUCAAUCAAUCCACUAAGGAAAAUAAUUUUUCUGGAGGAACAGGCAGAAAACCCCAGGAAAGCCAUGUGCAAAAUGGCCAUCGUGGCUUUACUUUGGGAGAUGCUUUUAAUAAUAAUAAUAAUGAGUGUAAAGUGAAUAUGGGCCCUAAGGAAAGUUCUCAUGUAGCUGGAUAUGAUUUACCUGUGAAAAAUGCUGUGCAAAACGGGAGUUAUUCCUCGUACCAGGGGUGUGCGUGGCUGGAUGGGAAAAACCUGGCAGCUGCAUCUGAAAUUCCAUGUGGAAAACAAAUGGCCACGAGUCCCCAGUCCUCAUCUGGGGUUUCCACCAUGUCGGGGGGCUCUCCCACCCACCAGCCUUUCACACAGCCCUCCUACUACCCCCAGCUCCUUCCCGCCCUCCCUCCCAGGAAAGAUGGGAGGUUACAAACAUCCAGCGGAGUUCCCAGCCAUUUGGGGGUUCCUCAUUUCGUCUCAGAGAGCCAGAAGCAGGUGAGACCCGUUGGAAGAUCGCAGGAGGAUGCGGGGAUGAGUAAAGAGGGGAGGCGCCGCAAAUUCCCCGUUCGCUUUUCGCCCGACUGGUUCGUGCAGCAGAAAGCUGCAGGUGGAGACCCUGCUGAGAAAUACCACAGGUUCCCAAAAAGGCAGAGCCAGGAAAGUGGCAAUAAAGAUGAUAGAAGAGGUAGAACGAAUUGGAUCCCUCAUUUGGGAUCUGCAGCUCCAAACCGCCAGCCCUUCGACGCGUUUCCAAAAAAGCACGAGCAAAAUGGUGGCAGCUUGUCAGAUUUCAUCAAUCCUUCUCUGCUUCCUUCUUUCCCAUUCAUGUCUGAUUUUAAGCAAAAUCCCAGCUUCCCUCCGUUUAAUCACCAACUGCUCUCAUCAGGAAAUAAUUUUAAUUUCCCUCCGCCACCGUUUCCGUUCCCGGACCUUGUUGAUCUUUUUCACUGCGACGACUUUAACCCCUUGAGUCCCUUCAUCAAUGAUAUCUUCUCUGGGGAAAUCCCUGCCCCCUGCUUUGCCUUUCCAACCCCAUUUAACAAGUACAGAGCUCCCAGGAGCCGCAGUGGCCCUGCUAACGAGCUCCACAUCCGACUGGAGGAGUGCUACGAGCAGUGGAGAGCUCUGGAGAAGGAGAGGAAGAAGACUGAGGCUGACCUUGCAAGACACUUCCCAGGGCAGCACAUCUCCAGCUCCAGCACCUGCCCCAUGUCCCGACUCCCCGCGAACCCAUCCCGCGUGGAUCGCCUGAUCGUCGACCAGUCCCGGGAACGAGCCAGGGUGCUCGUGCUGAUAGGAAGAAUGGAGAGGCUUUGUGGUGCUCCUGUGCACAGGAACAUCUCCAGGACCUUGGAGCUCCACCUGGAAGCCAUUCAGGUGACCCAGGCACGUCGGAAGGAUGAGAUUGGGAAUGCUGCAAACCCCCAGAGUCAUGGGGUGCCACGCUAUAGCAAUGAGAAAGAUGUGCUGGCCCUGGCAGCUGCCCUGCGAGCCCUGGCUGGUGCCACGCGCAGGGCCCGCACCGCGCUCUGGUGCGCACUUCAGGGGACUCUGCCAAAAUCCCCUCCAGCCAGACCCCAAAAUCAACAGCUUCUCCUUCAAGGGACACUGCAAGAGCUUUGCCCUUCAAGCACAAGCACCCAAGAGAAAAGCAGCGUGGAGCACAAAAGCAGAGGAAGUGAAAAAGCUGAGGAAGCGACGAAGAUUUUGGAAUAAGCGCAGAUGAUAAAAGGAAAGCUGAGGAUGGGAGGGAAGGGCUCGGGUCUUCCCCAGCACCGGGAGAGGUGGAUUUCAUAGGAUGUCAGGAAGCAAAAAGGGUUAAUUAAGGUGCCUGCUCAGUGCAGUUGUGGUACUGGAAUUCUGGUAUGGAGAGACACAGCUUGUGGUGGUGUCAGUGCAGUUUUUCUGCUGCUGAGAAUUUCGAUGUUCUGAGGAGCUGAACGAGAGCUGAGCAUUUCCUCCACCCAAAGCUCUGAGUCCCGCCAGGACCUGAGCAACCAGAGCGUGGUAGAGCUUAAUUCUCCUUUUCUUUUGCUCAGUGAGACAAUUUAGCAUAUUUAAAGGUCCUCAAUAAUCGUUCAGGGUUUUAUUUUUAUUUUUUGCACCGUGUGUAGUUCUUUCCAGAGCCAAAGCGAUCACCGAGUAGUUUUCACUGUGCCGGGAGCAAUCCAUGCUGCUGUGCUGGUGGCUUUUGGUGACAGAUUUUCCCUCAGUUUGACAGGAAUAAUCAGUGUUCAGUACUGGUUGUGUGACAGGCUUCAGCAGUUGUGCUGCCAGUUCAGUUUUCCAGCAAAACCGGUGUAAACAGAGCUUUUUCCAUUGAAUUGCCCGCUUUGGUUUUUCCACUAAAAAAGUGGAUUUUGUAGCUUUGCAGUGUGAACUGCAUGGAAAUGCACAUUAGCAGGUGAUAGAAAACUUGCUCAGGAUUAGAAAUUAGGUUUAUUGGUUCCUCAGUGGGUUGAAAACCAGUAACAAUAUAACAUAGAAUGCACUUAAUUAAAAUAACUAUUAUUUGUUAUUAAUGUAUGUUCAUGGUACUAUAAUUUUUCUCAGACACAUUCCAUAUUUAUUUUAAUGUCUCCAUUCAAUGUUUAUUUAAAAAUCUAUUUUAGUAAUAGGAAGUGAAAUAUUUUGCCAAAUCUUCCGAAUAAUCAGAUUUAAGGAUUUACUCAGGAACUCUGUAUAUUAUUAUAUAAAUAUACAUGUGGUAUAUAGGGAUUUUUUUGGGAAAGGGAUGUUUGCAAAAUAUUUACACAAAACUAACUAUGUACUAGGUUACCAAAGCUGUUUCACUGAUCAUUUUUUGUUGGUGUGGAAGGUUUAAUAUAUUUAAUUGCUGUUAAUUAGUCUCCACUGUAUGGCUUAGACAAUCAGAGUGUGGUUGUUCAGGGUGAAAAUUAGUAAAGAAUCAUUAACUCAAGGUGUAAUCUUAGGGUAUUUAGGAAUAUUUUAAUGCUUUAACAGCUGUCUUACUGUUACACAAUCUCCUAGCAUGUACUAAUAAUUAAGGUUCUUGAGUGUCAGGAUUUAAUGAACAGCUUUGGAGAGCAGUUCUUGGGUUAAAAGUGAAUUAAGUUGGGGAUAUAAGCAAAAUUUGAAGGACAAAAAUGAAGAUUUUUAUAUCAUGUGGUGUUCAGUGUCAAAUUUGACAUUUUUGUGGGUAAUUAUAGAACUGUUCCCAUAUAUAUUUGUACUUGCAAAAGUGUUCCAAAUGCAGUUGUGUAGUUCUGGAUCUGUGGAUGUUUCUAGAGCAGAUUUUGUCUCAGUAGUGCCACCCUUAACUCUGUUGGGGUGUGGAAAUUUGUAGCUAAAAUUUACCCAGGCCUCAUUGCAAUCCACCAAGUUUAAAAGCAAAAGUGGAUAGAAAUUAGAUUCUUACUAUAGCAAAAUUAUGGGUUUUUCCCCUAAAGAAAGUGAAUUCCACUUAACAGAUUAUUUUCAGCCUUAACAAACAGAUGCCAGAGUUAUUUCAGUGUUUCCUCUGUGUGCACAUGCAAUUUAUUUGCACAAACUGAUUUAAGAAGGGUCAGUCUGCAUUUGUGAAACUGAUUGUGCUCCACAGUUUAAAAGAGGAGUUUGCAGUAUUUCAGUUUGUGGAUGAUUUGGGGGUGUAAUUGCCCAAAUUAAAAUUAAUUUACCAUUGCUGUACUGACAGGAAAUCAGAAUUUGAGAGUCUGAAUCUUGGGGGUUUUUUCUGUUUACAGAACCAGGGUUGUUUUGUAGUGGUUUAGGGUAUGAUUGGUUCUUAUAGUACUGCUCAUCUGUUAAUUAAUGAUCUUAAUUAGUUCAUAGUUAAUGUGCCUUUAACAGCCUCAUUUUUCCAGAGUGUUAAAAAGCUGUGUGGUCUCUCCUGUUCUCAGUUUAAAAAUGCAUUUUAAAGGGUUACACGUGGCUGCACGUGACUGUAAUCAACACACAUUGUUAAUUAUGUUAAUUGCACACACGAGAUCAUCCAGGUUUGGGUUCUUUAAGGAGCUCUGUGCCUCUGGAAUGUCCCCCUGGAUCAUGUGCCCGGGUCAGGUGCUCCUUGUCAUGCCCCACAAAUGCUCCUGUUUCACUUUGCCUCGCUCUCUUUUCUUCACAAAAACUCCAGAUCUUCAAACAAGAAUGAUUUCUUUUUUUAGUGCCCUUUUCUAUAAAUGAGUUUGUUAUGAACAGUAUCAGACCUAGAACGAGUUUUGUCUUCAGUUCUUAAUUUCUGCUCUGCUUCUCUUGUUUUAUUACAAAUUCUUUUGCAUUUUAAGGGAAAAGAACCCACUUUAUUUUGUAUAACACUUUAUUAAACCCACUUUAUUUUGUAAAAUAACACCUGGGGCUGCAGCAGCUCUGUCAUAAUUUUUGCUGCCUUGUGUUUAAUUUGGCAAUUUUAAGGUACAAAUUCUGCAAGUCUUGCACUGUUUUUUUGGUGUGAAUAAGCACAAGUAUGAUGCUUGUGGCUUUAGGGACUAAUUGUAUUCACAUUUUACUGACUUCAGGGAAAGCAGAAUUGAGGUUUUGGGUCACACUUAAGCCAAAGAGGUGGUUUUGAUUUGGAGUUAGGUUUGAUUUCUGGAGAGAAAAAAGCAAAUUCCCCUUUCCCUCCCCAUUUUGAGAAGCAGUGAGGUAAAAUUCAGUUUAUUCCCCUUUUUUCCCCACUUCUACCCCUCCACUCAGCUUUCUUGAGAUUUAAUGGGGUGUUUUUUCCCUGCUUUGAUUUAUACUUUUUAAAUUUUGGGGGUGAGAUGAAGAAGGUGGCAGAGUUGUAGCCAGUCCUGGUGGCAGGGAUUGCUCCAGUUUAAAUCAAUACUCAGUUGUCCCUUUUUGAGUCAGGAUUAUUAUCAGGUGCUUUUUGAGGGUUGGUAGUGAAUCUUUAAUACUUUAAAAUCACAGAUUGGUAGUCCAGCACAACACAGACUUAAGAAUUACAAUUAUUUCUCCAUAAAUAACUGGAGUUUUUUGGUGAUUCAACCUUUUUAAUUCCCAGAAGGGAGGCCAGCAGCAGGGAAAGAACUCUUCAUUCUUUUAUUUUUUUUUCUGGUUGUAGGUUUUAUAUCCCUGUUUUUCUGUAUCCACAGGGUCCCUCUGGCAGUGAAGUUGCUCUGAUGCUAUUUAUGUAAACUAAAAAUGGGUAUUAAUUUGUUAUUUCCAUUAGAGCAGCAUGCAGGGAAGGUUAUUUAAGUUCGUGGUGCUUGUGGCCUUUUCAGGAGUGGGUGACAUUUCGUUCACAAACUGCUGCUACUGGAUUUUAUCCUUUCCAAACUGGAUAUUUUUCUUUGCUGCUGGCAUUUACCACCCCACCAAUAUUUUUGUCUUUUCUGUUUUGCCUUUUCUU